CUCCGCCACUCCGCCUCUCAACGAUGUCCUCCCCUCGAGUCCACAAAGCAAGUCUCGUCGAUCCCUCCUUCCACUCCCCCGCUCUCCUCGAGCUGGUCGAUCUCAAGCUCAGCCGCGCCGUAGUUGAAUACCUCAUCGACACUGUCGUCGAGACGGUCGACUACGCCUUGGGCCGCCCAUCCCACUCGGGCCGCGGGCGCUCUUUGUCCAGGCACUCCGAGGGCUCUGCCUUCGCCACCUGCGUGCGCAACGUGCUCGAGCGUGCAGAGGUGGAAAUCCCCGUCGUUCUCGCCGCGCUGGCCUACCUCGACCGCGCCAAGCCACAUCUCCACAUCGCCCUCGAAGAAUGGGCCAACGAACGUGUCUUCCUUGGCGCGCUCAUCGUAGCUAGCAAGUACCUUAAUGACUCCUCCCUGAAAAACGUACACUGGGCAGUCUGCACCGGUGUCUUCGGCAAGCGUGACAUCGGACGUAUCGAGCGAGAGUUCCUCGACGUCCUCGAUUUUGAGCUCGGCCUAUCUGAAGCGGACAUCCUCGCACACCACGAUGCCAUCAUGUCUGCCGUCUCCCCUAUCCACCGCAAUGCACGCCAUCACGCUAUCCCUACUCUUGAUCUCCCCACCUCCAUCCCGGCGUCGCCGAGCCCCACAGCCUCCUCCACCGCCGCCUCCUUCUCCCCGCGCACGCCGCUCACGCUCGUCGAGCCUGCACACAUUCCCGCCAAGGUCAAGGCCCUCGUCGCCGAGUCAUCUCCGGCGUACCCGGGCUACCCACCCAAACUUCCAUCACCACCGGCUCCCGCCGCGCAUCCCGAGGACCAUGCGGAAUCGCAUGACUCGCAUCAUCCAGCCAAGCGUGCGCGCACGUCCUCCACGAUGCGUCUGCUGCGCUCGUUUCCCCUCCCACGCCCGCUCUCGCUCUCGCUCCUCCAUCCUGCCCAUCACUCUGCCUCUCACCAUCAGCACGAUUCGAAUGUCCAGAUGCAGCCACAACCGCAGUUGCCUUCGCAGUACGAGUACCCUACUGCGUCACACCCGCGGUGUCAGGCGCAGCCUGUCAUCCCACCUCUCCACGCGCAGCAGACGGCACGCGUGUGCGUCUAGAUCUCGCCCGCACUUCCUCGUUCCUCCUGCAUUUUUCGAGUUCCUUCACUUCUGUUUUCGGCUUCCUUGCAUCGCUUACACAUGAUCUGCCCUCUCGUUUCGUUCUCAUUUUUCCGCUCUUAUCUCUCGCAACACUCACGCUCGCGUCACAUUAUUUUUAUCGCGACUCGAAUUCAGACUCCCAACCCAAUCUGAUCUUCGCAUUUGCACAUAUCGUCGUUUCCUAUCGGCUACAGCUACCUACAUUACGUGUAAGACCCGCCCUCUCUUUAUGUCUGUCACAACAGCUGCAUCAUUUCUCUUUCUCGCUACCUCUGGCAAUCAAUUACCGCCGAUCUCUACAGUCUGAAUUGACUCUUCCAAUCCCAUCUCGCAAUCCCACUUACUCAACGCAUGGUUAUCGCACCGUACUAUACGCUACUCUACCUUAUUGGUUAUCGCGCCGAAAUCGCAAUGGUGUAGUGCUA